AUGGCUUACCUCUAUCCGGCCGGUGUCUCCACUACCGCUCUCAUCGUGGUGGGAUUGUAUAUGCUCUUCCACGGAGAGGGUGAAGCAUUUAAUUUCGGCCGUUUCCUUGAGGAAGUUUCUCCUUAUGCUUGGGCAAAUAUCGGAAUUGCUGUCUGUAUCGGCUGCUCGGUUGUCGGCGCAGCAUGGGGUAUUUUCCUCACCGGAUCAUCGAUUGUUGGUGGUGGUGUCCGAGCUCCCCGUAUCCGAACCAAGAACUUGAUCUCCAUUAUUUUCUGUGAAGUUGUCGCUAUUUACGGUGUCAUCAUGGCCAUCGUUUUCUCAUCCAAGCUCAGCCCGGUGCCCGAAGGCGCAAUCCACACUUCCAGCAACUACUACACUGGAUACGCGGUCUUUUGGGGAGGAAUCACAGUCGGAAUGUGCAAUCUUAUCUGCGGUAUUUCUGUUGGUAUCAACGGAAGUGGUGCCGCUUUGGCCGAUGCUGCCGAUCCCAGUUUGUUCGUCAAGAUUCUUGUUGUUGAGAUUUUCAGCUCCGUCCUCGGUCUUUUCGGUCUGAUUGUCGGUCUUCUUGUGGCCCAGAAGGCAGCGACAUUGGAGGCAGCCUGA